AUGCCCGCGCCGAGCGUCACGCUAUACCUCGCGAGGCCGACGUCGAGCGAUGACGCCGCCCUGGGCGAGGUGGAGGAUGAGAGACUUCGCGCGUUGACGCUCGUGAGUUCGAUCGAACACGUCGUCGAACGCGUGCGAAGUGGCGCGGCGUCGCCGUCUGGGACGACGCCGUGCGCGGAGAUCGAUGGAGACGUCGAUGGAGACGGUACGGGCGCGGUCGUGAGCGAGCGCAUCGCGGGACGACGCGCGAGGGAGGCGAUUCGAGUGCGAGUGAUGGAUUGCGACCGGGACGCGAGCGCGGACGAGCGCGUCGCGAUCGCGGGCGUCACCGCUCUGUGCGACGGGAAUCUGCGCGUGGCGGGGGAGUACUUCUCGUGCGUCGAUGUCGAGGGAUAUCGGGCGUACAAGGCGGAGGUGGCGCGCGCGGUGCCGUUUCCGAUGAGCGCGUGGCGGGCGCGGCGGCGGGCGAGCGAAGUUGGACGAGAGCUCGAGCGGGCGGGCGUAGACGGCGAACGCGCGUGCGCGCUCGCGGUGGAGGCGUACUCGACGCUGAAUACUAUGGUGGUGAACUCGGAGAUGCGAGCGAAGGAGGGUGAGGCGUAUUGGUUGUGCGGGAGCAAACCGAGAAGUUGCGACGCCGCGGCGUACGCGAUGUUGAACCAUCACGCGCGCUCAAAGUCGUGUGACGCGUUACGAACGGAGAUGAAGCGGUUUCCGCGAUUGAUUCAAUACUUGAACGAUGUCACGGAGAGACUGUCGCUGAUGGAGAAGACGUUAGUGCGUCGCGCCGACGGAGUCGAGCCAUCGAGCGGCGCGUUUGUCGACUCCACUUCCUGGGGCGACAGGUACGAUGCGAGUCACGCCGAGCGUCGCAAGGGCUGGAAACCACGCUCGAAUGCGACUAAGAAGAAGAUGAGCGAGAAAGAUAUAGAAAUGCGCCGAAAGGCUUGGUAUUCCGUCGCGUUUGCGGCUGUUUCGGUGGUGGCGUACGCCGUAGUCGGCGGCUACGUUUCGCUCGACUUUGGAGACGAGGAAGACGAAGAGGAAGAGGACGACCGAGCCGUUUCCGCGAACCUGAUGCACGACGACGUCGAUGACGAUGAAGACGACGAAUAG